GGACACGAAGAGACAUGUACUGACAUGCGCCAUCCCUUCUAAUAUGCUUUGUAAAGACAUGUUUUCCGCAAAUUCUGUGGAUAACUCUUCACUUUAAGCAUACCGCAAGUCUGAUAUUUGUUUGCAUGUUGCUAUAGGAACCAGGAAGAUAUAAAUUGGCAAGAUGUUCUGCAAAUUUUCACUUUGCUACUGGACUUACUCGUGAACACUGGAAUAAAAAAAAUGGAAAAAAUACUUGGAUUACUGUGCGCGCUUCUGUUUGUUGGAUAUACCGAGGCGGCCGUAACUUCCUGGGCGGCAACAGGCGGCGUCGCAGCGAUAACAGUGGGGGGAACUGCGCCUGCUGGAUCAGCAACCAUAUACUUGCAAUCAUCUUUAGCUGUGGGGGCAACCCUGUUUACUGUAACAGCCACUGCUAAUCCUGCAAUAGCAAGUUAUACAUUCGAUGCGACGGAUGGCAACCCUGCAACACAUGGGGCAAUAGCUGUGAGCACGAGUGGUGCUGUAACACUUGCUAAGGCGAUAGAUUACCCUACCGUAAAGCAAGUGAUCUUCAAAGUCGUCGCUACAGACACUACUCCUACUACCCCACUCACAGGCACGUUCACCAUGACUGUCAACUUCGGUCCAUCCACAGACUCUGCCUAUUCAUUUUGUGUUGCCGACCCGACACCGUUAGGAACUACAAUUGGAAAAGCAACUGCAUCUGCUACCGCUGGUACUUGGGCUGUUAUGGCAGGGGGAGACGCAGCGAAAUUCACGGUCGCGGCGGGCGGUUCAAUCACGACUGCAGCACAACUUAAAUCAUCUGGACAAGUUUACUACACCGCCACACUUCAGCUUACGGACGCAGGUGCCACCACCAAUUGGCCCUUGCAUGUGCUUGUCGACAACAGUUGCCUAUGCAGCGGAGUCGCCCACGUCAUUUCCGGUGUCGCCAUGAUCGUAAUGACAGUCUUGGCGUCCACUGUGUUAUAAACCUCUACCUUCAACAACCUUAAACACUGUGAUGGACUUACUUAAAGCUUAACUGAUUUUUUCAAAACAUAAACAUUACUUACGACCGAAAUUAAAUUUACUUUUUAAUAAGAAUUACUAACAAAGGUUGGAUACGUGUAUUUCGACAUAUUUAACACAUUCAAUAUAGCACGUACCGCAUUCAGCGAGUAUAUACAAACUUUAUCUGAUUUUAGGAAAAUUACAACGCUUUAACUUUUAAUUUCUUCAUCGUUAAAAAGUAUGUUAAUAAUUUAAUUCAUUUAGCAUAAGUAUUAACGUGACCAGUGAUAUUUUUUUAUUAUCUUGUUUUGUCUUCUGUUUCCACCAUGAUUUUUCAAGCGGAACAUGUACUGUUCCUCUGGAAAUGAAUUUACGGAAACUGUCGUGAUAUACAUGUGUGAUAUUUUUUACUGUAUUUUGUAUUUAACAUAAAGCAGCUUUCUUUUGUUA